GGGCAACCAUUGUCAAACAAACUCGUUUCGAUUAGCUAUCACAUUUUGUAUUUGUAAAUAUUUUGACAUUUAAUCAGCCAGAUGUCUGAUUCCGUACCCAUAACACCAGAGGAGCUGCAUCGGCUGGCGGACAGUUGCCUGGAGCAGCUGCGUCAAGAGGAGCUCCACAAUUUGCGCAACGAUGCCAAGCUGAGGGCGGUCACAAACACCGAGAGCUACGAUGAGUUCAAAGACAUUGUUGAUGCAGCUCAUCUGCGUCCCAUCAGUAAACAGGAUAAGGCCAAUGCCAAAACCAAGAGUCGCCUCUGGAACUCAGCGGCUCGUGAGCAGUCCUAAAAUGUUUCUAAUAAAGUG